AUGCCUUCUGGUUAUUUAAGCUUAGACCAGGAUUAUGAGAUACAACAGAAUGAAUUAGAGGCAAUUAAAUGCAUCUACAUGGACGAUUUCGUUGACAAAACAGUUGCAAAGUCCACUUGGGAUAAACAUCCUCUAAUCCAGUUCGAGAUCUCUUUGAGAUCUACGAAUCAAGAGCCUGCAGAAUCCUCGGUGACUUUAGAUGUAACAUUGCCUGCCAAUUACCCACAGCAACAGCCAAUAAUCACGUUUAAGAACGUUCGAAACGUUCUUGGCAGCUAUUUAAACGUUUUGCAAGAACAAAUCAAGGAAAUACACAAGCGCUCUAAAGGUCGCGAGGAAAUCAUCUUUGAGAUUACCUCACUUGCUCAGGAAAAGCUUGACGAAGCUCAAGGUUCAGCGAACAUGCAAUCUUUGGAAGAUGAGAGGCUACAAAGGAUCGAGGAUGAUAAAAGGCGUCAGGAAGAAGAGGAAAAUAAGCGCCAAGUUGACGUGGAAGUUAACAGAAUAAAAGAACAGGAAGCGAUAGACGAAAUCAUUCGAAAGGAGCUUGAAAAAAGGCAUGAUGAUGACCUUACCUUCAAGCACGAAAAUGUCGUAGAUUUGAAUCCGCCGGCAGAUUGGGUCACUUCGGGGGAAGCCACCGUUUUUCCUAAGGCUGUCAAGGCCAAGCUCCCGAACAACUCAAUUUACAAAUUCAAGGCUGUCGUCAACCCAAAGGAAAUUAGCUUAAGUUCAGAUUUGCUUGGAUUUGCCAAACAAAUGCUAGUCAAACCUUACAUUCCACCUGACUCGCCUUUGGCUAAUAACCUGACAUCUUCUGACAUGAUGGACAACUUCUUUUACCUGCUCACUGAGGUGACUCUAGAUAAUGCCUUUUUCAACACUAGCAAUGGUAAAAGAGAGAUCUCAAACCUCGAAAAGGAGCUGGACUCACUUGUGCGAGUUAAACACGAUAAUGUAAACAAACUGUUCGCAUUCGCGAUUGAGCGCACUGGAAGAAACAACAGCAAUUAUGCUUGGAAAAUAAAGCUACUGAGCGAAUACUUCCCGCUUUCUUUAGUGGGUGACAUAGUAGAGUCUGUCGGAUUCGUUAACUUGGCGACCGCACGCGGAUGGGUUCUGAGAUUAAUCGAGGGGUUAGAAUGCUUGCAUAAGCAUGGUGUUGUUCACAAACACCUAAGUCCUCAGACGAUCAAUCUAGCGAAAGACGUGGAUUUCGGAACAACUGUCCCAAAACUGCUACAUUCUGGAUACGGGUUUACUAUUGUAAAUCUUUUAGCCAAUCAUCCUAAUAAAUCUGGCCUUAAAGUCGAGCCCCCAACUCGAAAUUGGAUGGCGCCUGAAUUGAUAAAAUUCGCUAAUAGUAAACCUCAAAGGAAAACAGAUAUUUGGCAGCUGGGGGUCUUGUUCAUUCAGAUAAUAAAUGGGAUGGACACGCUAGUCAACUUUUCAUCCCCACAGGAAUUUCUCGAUAAUACUGAAAUGAGUGAUAGUCUUACAGCUUUCUUAGGAAAACUAUUAGAGCCCGAAGCUAAGAAAAGAUUUGGCCCUCUUGAGUUAAUCCCAAUGAAAUUUUUGAGGACUAAUCUAGAUCCAUCUCUUAACAAAUUUUGCGCAAUAGAUUCUAAGACAGAUUCCAGCGUGGCGCCUUUAGCCCGCCGAAGUUCGAGGUCGAGUAAUACUCUAUCCCAAUCUGCAGGCGAAGUCAGAAGACGAAGCUUUAAUGUCAGGUCCAGAUAUUUAUCCACGAAUCCUUCCACCAACUCGAGAUACGCGACCGAUUUUGAAGAGGUUGCAGUUUUAGGAAAAGGUGCAUUUGGUCAAGUCGUCAAAGCUCGUAACGCACUCGACAGUCGUUACUAUGCUAUCAAAAAAAUUAGGCACACAGAAGAAAAGCUUUCUUCUAUUUUGAGCGAGGUGAUGCUUCUAGCAAGUCUAAACCAUCAGUACGUUGUUCGUUAUUACGCUGCUUGGUUGGAGGAAGAAUUAGCUGAAGAAGAUGCUGUCACAUCAAGUGAUGAUGACACCGAAUCUGACACUGAUGAACAGGCGACUGACUUUACUGAGCCAGGUUUAACCAAUAGCAGGUCGAAUAUUGCCAAUAAUAGCUGGGAUUUUAUCUCAAAUUCAUUUCAAGCUUCCAAUUACCCAGAAAUUGUCUUUGCAAAUAGUGAAGAUGAGUGCGAAGAAGACUCGGAAGAAGAAAGCAGUGUUUCUUCUUCAGAAAACCUCAAAUUUGGUCAGACUGAUCGAAGUAAUGACUCCAUUUCACUAUUCGAGAACAAAGACCGAAAGUUGCAAGAAUCACGGAGCUCGCGCUCAGGCAUAGUGGAAGUAAGGCGUCAAGCAUUAAUCGAGCAGACGAAAGCUAGGCGAAAAACGAAAAGUACACUUUUUAUUCAAAUGGAAUACUGCGAAAAUCGUACGCUCUAUGAUUUAAUACACAUGGAGGAUCUAAGUUCACAGAAAGAAGAGUAUUGGAGACUCUUCCGAGAGAUUUUGGAUGCUUUGAGCUAUAUACACUCUUUGGGAAUUAUACACCGGGAUUUGAAGCCAAUGAACAUCUUUAUUGAUGAAUCAAGGAAUAUCAAAAUUGGUGACUUUGGCCUUGCUAAGAAUGUGCAUAGGCCCACAGAUCUGUUGCGCGUAGACACUCAAAUGAGUGCUGGAAGCACUGACGAUCUAACGUCGGCAAUCGGGACUGCCUUAUAUGUAGCCACCGAAGUUCUGAAUGGCAAAGGGAGCUAUAAUGAGAAAAUUGACAUGUAUUCCUUGGGCAUCAUUUUCUUCGAGAUGGUCUACCCAUUCAAGACUGGUAUGGAAAGAGUUAACGAUCUCAAGAUGUUGAGAACAAACCUCGUUGCCUUCCCCGCUGAUUUUGAUGAUAGCAGGCUUAGCAUAGAAAAGAAAAUCAUACGACAGUUACUUGAUCAUGAUCCCGAUAAGAGACCAAACGCCAAAUCAUUAUUGCAUAGCGGUUUGCUUCCAGUUAAGCAUCAAGACGAUGUAAUUAAAGAAGCUUUGAGACAUUUAGCCGACCCCUCGUCGCCUUGGCAACAACAAGUGAGAGAAAGCCUAUUUGCGCAACCUUACAGUAUCACGAACGACAUUUUAUUUGACAAUCAUAAACUUACUUCUACUCCAUUUGACCAACUCUUGAAAUCUCAAAUGAUGGAAGAAAUAACGAAGAUCUUCAAAAGACAUGGCGCUGUAGAAAAUAGCGAGACUUCGAUCAUAUUUCCGAAAGCGCCGAUAUACUCCACUCAAAACGUAUAUGAAAUCUUAGACAAAGGCGGUUCGAUUUUGCAGCUUCAGUACGACUUGACUUAUCCAAUGGCCAGGUAUGUUGCCAAAGGACCCAACUGUGCCAACAAACAAUUCCGCGUUCAACAUGUGUAUCGGCCGCCGCAACAAAUGCAGUCGAGUACAGAACCAAGAAAAUUCAUUGAGGUAGAUUUCGAUAUAAUUUCUCCCUCUUCCUCUGAAAGCACAUUUCAUGAUGCAGAAAGCAUUAAAGUUGUUGACGAGAUCAUAACACAGCUCCCUAUCUUUGGGAAAAUUAAUACUGUUUUCAACAUGAAUCACGCUGACAUCCUUGAUAGCGUUUUCAGCUUUUGUUCCAUUGAUAAAGCACAGCGCUCUUUAGUCUCACACAUGCUAUCACAGGUUGGUUUUGCUAAGACAUUUAAGGAUGUCAAAAGUGAACUGAAAUCGGUCUUGAACAUCUCAUCAACGUCUCUUAAUGAUUUAGAAAUAUUUGAUUUCCGUCUCGAUUUCGAAAGUGCCAAAAAGAGGUUGAAUAAAAUAAUGGUCGACAGUCCUUACCUGGCUAAAGUUGAUGAGUCUUUGCAGUAUAUUUCCAAGGUCUUGAACUUAUUGAAGCCUUUGAAAGUGACAAGAAACAUACUGAUAUGCCCUAUCAGCAACUACAAUUGGGCAUUUUACAAAGGUAACAUUAUGUUUCAGGCAAUAUACGAUGAUGAAAGAACUCGAAGUUUGAUAGCUGCUGGCGGACGAUAUGAUAACUUGGUAUCUCUUAUUGCGAGGCCUUCUGGGGGCAAAAUUAGCAAUGUACAAAAAGCAGUGGGAUUUAAUUUAGCUUGGGAGACUAUACUUGUAGUUGCACAGAGCUAUUUUAAGUUGGCAGCUGGAAAGAAAAUAAAGAAAAGAAGUACUUUCAUCAAAGAUGCUGCAUUAGAGUGGAAACCUUCGCGAUGCGAGGUGCUCGUGUCAAGUUUUUCCAAUAGUAUUCUGAACACAAUCGGCGUAGAGAUUUUGAAUCAGUUAUGGAAGGCUGGUAUCAGUGCUGACUUUGUCCGGAGCUGCUAUACUGUAGAUGAUGUUGUUUCUGUUGCGCAGCGUGAGGGUGUAGAUUGGGUGAUCCUGAUCAAGCAACAAAAGUAUACAGCUUCAAAUCACAAACGAAAAUUCAAGCCGCUAAAAGUGAAAAAGCUAGAUAGCGAAUUGGACGCCGACCUAGAUUUUGACGAGUUCCUGGUAGUAUACCAUCAAGAAAAUGGUUCAAAAUCCAACUCAAACGAACCUCUACAACUUCAGGAUGGAAGCCCAACAUCAACCGAUGAUAAAAGAUGGGAAGAGUUUGGAAGUGCAGAAGAAAGUCUAGAUGGCAGCAGCAACGCCUCUUUCAACGGCCCCAGUGCGCAGAAAGUUGUCUACAUACCGAACAUGGCCACUCGUGCUAAAAAGUCGAAUAAGAAGGACAAGUGGGUCUACGAAGAUUCUGCAAGAAAUGCUUCGCGAGGAAUUAUAACCAGCUUGUCCACAGCACCGAUUUUUGCCGUGGAUGCAAUUCGUGACGAAACGCUUGAAAUUAUUUCUGUAACUUCGCUAGCACAGAAAGACGAAUGGCUUCGCAAGAUUUUUGGUGCGGGACAAAACUCUGCACCGCGCAGUUUUGCUACCAGUAUUUACAAUAACCUGUCCAAGGAGGCUUCCAAAGGUGGCAAGUGGGCCAUCGUGCAUUGUAACAAAACAGGCAACUCUUGCGUUGUAGAUCUACAGCGUUGA